UCGGCCUCGCCAGGUUCGCAGCGCAGCGUAGCGCUAACCACCGCGCCACCGCUCCCCAACAACGCCCUGUGUCACGCGCACGGGAAUCGAUUCGUUGCGACGAAGACUUAAAGAGAGGAAAUCGAAGCUUCGAGGAAUCGAUCCUUCCACUUUGUCCCAGUGCAGGCGCGGCGAGCAGAGCCCGGCUCUGUGUUUGUGUGCCGGGUCCGCCUUUGUCUCCCCACAGCGGCAGCUGCACCACCGCCUCGCUCGCUGCCUCCCCCGGCCACUGCGCUGGCCACGUUCGCCAUGGCGAGGACCCCGCUGCUGCUGCUCCUGCCGCUGCUGCUGCUGCUGCCCGGUCAGGCCGGGGCAGACCUGCCCGUGAACUGCACGUUCGAGGACCUCGUGGGCACGUGGGAGAUGGAGGUCGGGCCGCUCAACUCCGGACCCCAAGUGGACUGCGAGUCAGCAGGCAAGGCCGUGCAGGUGGUACGGCUGCACCUGCUCAAGAUGAACGUGGCGGCCGACGAGAAGGGAAACCAGGGAACGUUCACCAUCAUCUACAACCAGGGCUUCGAGGUGGUGCUCGCCGGGUACAAGUGGUUCGCCUUCUUCAACUUCACUCAGGUGGGCACCGUCGUGACGAGCCUGUGCGCGGAGACGCGGGCCGGCUGGGUGCACGACGUGCUGGGCCGAAACUGGGCCUGCUUCAGGGGCCGCCGAGUGAAGCCGCGGUCGUGGAGAGGAGCGGAGGCAGCAGGGGGAGAAGAGGGGGGCGUGGGCUCCCAGUGGAGCGUCCAGGAGGCUCCCAGCACGCGGCUGUACGAGCACAACGCGGCCUUCGUGCAGAGGGUCAACGACGCGCAGCGCUCGUGGCGUGCCGUGCGCUACCCCCUCUACGACGGCCUGAGCCUGGGGGAGCUGACGCGUCGGGCCGGUGGGCGCGCGUCGCGCAUCCACGGGCGGCCAAAGCCGGCUGUGGUGACGGAGGAGACGCGACGACUCGCAUCCUCCCUGCCCACAUCCUGGGACUGGAGGAACGUUAACGGGAUCAACUACGUCUCUCCCAUCCGUAACCAGGGAUCGUGCGGCAGCUGCUACUCCUUCUCCUCCAUGGCCAUGCUGGAGGCUCGCAUCCGCAUCCUGACCAACGCGUCGCAGACGCCCAUCCUGAGCACCCAACAGAUUGUGUCGUGCAGCAAGUUCUCCCAAGGCUGCGACGGCGGCUUCCCGUACCUGAUCGGCGGCAAGUACGCGCAGGACUUUGGGCUGGUGGAGGAGAGCUGCUACCCGUACACGGGGCGCGGCGACGCCGAGUGCCGGCCCCUGCGCGCCGACUGCUACCGCUUCUACGCGGCGCACUACGGCUACGUGGGCGGCUACUACGGCGCCUGCAACGAUGAGCUCAUGCGGCUGGAGCUGGUGGCGCACGGGCCGCUAGCGGUCGGCCUGCAGGUGUACGACGACCUGCUGCACUACCGCGGCGGCGUGUACCACCACACGGGGCUGCGCGACUCCUUCAACCCGUUCGAGGAAACGAACCACGCGGUGGCGGUGGUGGGCUACGGCGUGGAGCCGGGCACGGGCGAGCGCUACUGGGUGGUGAAGAACAGCUGGGGGGAGGAAUGGGGGGAGCGGGGAUUCUUCCGUAUUCGGCGCGGGAGCGACGAGUGCGGCAUCGAGAGCAUCGCCGUUUUCGCCAAGCCCAUCCCGCACGUGUGAGUGGGGCGGGGGUGGGGGGGGGGGGGGUGACGCGGGGGGUGACGCCGGUGACACCGGCGCUUGCAUUGCGCCCGUUACGUAAAGGGAUGUUGUGCGUGCAGUGUAAGCGCCUAGGAAAAACCCCCCGAUGACAACUGGUUCACUGAAAGUUGAACGCGGCAGCAGCGGCGUGCGGGCGGGCGCUAGUCUGACACACGGGGGCAUUGAUCGCAAUGCGCGUUCUCAAUUGGUGACCCUAAAUUUGAUCGCAGAGGUCACGUGACUACGACUCAGGCUUGUGCGCUGUAUAGAGCAACAUCGUCACUCUCUCACCCUCUGGCAUUGCUGGACAGAGUUGCUCAUAAGUUGCCCAAAGGAAUGCGCGUUAUUGGAUACCGUUUCCCCAAAAUUUCCACUGUCAUGGCCUUAUGGGCAAUUGUUUAAAUAUUAUUUUAGCAUAUCAUUUUAACACAUUUACAUAUCAGGUAUUUCUAGAUAUCCAGCCAGCAUUUCCCAGGUGACCAAGGCAUUUCAGGUCCUUAUAUUUCACACGGAGAUCACACAAUCUCUCUUUAGAGUCGAGCCUUUUUUUCUGUGGUCUUUAAUGAGGCGCGAUUGAUGAAUCGGAAUCGAGGGCUCCGAUGGUUGCAUGUCACACCUGCCGGCUAUCCGUGUCAAUGUCUGUCGAGGGUAGUACAGCAAGUAGGUUUGUGAGGAAGCCGUGUACAUAUCACCCUUGCAGAGCUUGCUGCAUGUGCAUUGAGUGCGCGUCUUGACGUCCGCUGGUUCUCCGACGCGCGCCGUUGAACUUUCCAGUUGCUCGGCCUUGAAACUCGUUCACGCCAGCGGCGACACGGAGCCAAGGUACGGUGAGCCGUGUGCAAUAGACCUAAAAUACACUGCAGACGAACCUGGUGGGUAAGGCAUGAGUGGGUUGAUGACUGGUUCCAUAGGUUAGCAGUACGAGGUGAGGAUGAGGGGGGAACAAGGGACCCUUUUGGGCGGUUGGCUUGGCAAGGAAUCGCGCUUCACCUGAUGCCAGUUACCACUCGUCACCACCGCUCUCUGUGCCGCCUGUGGGUCGGACAAGCAGCGCCGGCACUGUGGGUGAGGCAGGGCAGUGGUGAUGGCUGGACACGAGGUCCAAUCCUCUAGUGAGAUUGUCUGUGUCGUUAUAUUGUGAGCGGAAAUCAAAGCCUGCAAACAAACACCCCACAAAUGCUUCGCUUGCAUUAACGGUAACUCUUAAUAUCUCUGCGAGCCACCAACCUUACCAGGCCUGCUGCAUGAUAUAUCCAGCCCUGAGAAUCUGGCUUAAUUGGCAUACGACAAACACUCCUGAGUUGGGAAUAUACAAGGAGUAUGGCUUGUCUGCCUGGAGGCCAGAUCAAGGGAUUUCAGCAGUAGUUCCGUGAUGCCCUCUUAUCGUGCCCCGUUGUUGGUUCUCCCCUCCUUAUUUGCAUGGCUAUGGCACCAUCACCACACUCGUGGGGCGGCGGGUGCUGUUGAAGCUGCGGUGCCGUUUAAAGGGAAUCUUAAGUUCAAGGGUAGUUUAAAUCCUGGCUAAUCUGAUCAUAGAUCUAUGUUCUGGGGUGGGGUGAAGGUUUGUGAAUGUUGAUUUGUUUUAAAAAUAAAAUUUUACAUUUCAAUUUG